AGGAGGCGUCCCAACCAAGUGGCAUUUGCACCUGCGGUGUCAACCUCACCCGCUAUCUCGUGCACUUUGAUCUUUCAACUUUUCAGGAACCAAACAGCUUCAAGUGUCACUCACUCCAACCUUGUGUCGAAUUACCAUAACAGCCGCUCAUCAUAUCUCUUCAUGCUUUCAUACCUUUCUUUUUGGGCACUCAGAAACAUCCCUUAGCCCAUCUUUUGCAUUGAAGCAAAGGUCCCACGAAGGCCAUUCGUUCACUAGCAAAACUCUAUUCACUUCAUUAUCUCCCAGCCAAUACGGAGCAGCAAUGUCGCCUAGCCAGUCCCAGAGUGAGGUACAGGAUGACCAAGAUGAAAGUGCCCCCGAGCCCCAACAACCACGGACAAGCGCACCUUCACACUACCAGGCCGUAUCCUCCUUUGCUGGUACCAUGCCAAACGCCUUCGACUGGCAACAACGACAAAUUGGGAGCGCACAAUCCGGUGCCAUGGGCCAGUUCACUUCUCCGUAUAAUCCAACCUUGGAGGCAUCUGGAUUUGAAGAACAUCUCAACAUGACUCGUCCCCCGAUCACUUCGCCCUAUACAGCACAAGUCCAACCCGCCUACGCGCCUCCUGUCAUGCAGCAUCCCGCCUUCCAGGCACAGGCUGUAUUCGGGAUGCCUGCAGGUACACAUGCAGCACAAGCAUCUCACUCUCCCCUGCACUAUCAGUCUGGGGUCGACUCUUCGCUGCAGCAGGUCCACCACAACGUCUUCUCACCCAAUCAAUCCAUACCCGGUAUGACAGCCACUGGGUUCCAAGCCAACAAUAACAGUCACAACUUUAUGGACCACAACCACUUCAUUGUCCCGCCGAUGGGGCCAUCCAUGCCCAAUUCCUAUCCAGAAGUCCCACAGCCCAACGACGCGGCACUGCCAGCAAACACAAACAGCUGGACAACAGCACAAGACAAUCUGGUUCGUCGCCUCAAACACGAGAAGAAGAAGGUGGCGCAAAUCAAGGAGGAGCUGAAAAGGGAGUUCGGCGUGGUGAGAUCGGGAAACGCCAUUUCGAAGCGGUGGAAGCAGAUCAUGAAGAAGGAUAGCGAGGAGGUAAGUUCACUUUUCUACUUUCUCUCACUCUUUCCCUUUCUCUCUUUCCCUCUCUCUUACCCUCCAGCUCUCUUUCACUCUCUCUGUAACCCUCCUUCACUAUUAUCACGCACUGAUAUCCAGGAAUCGAAGGCCUUAAUACAAAACGUCUUACCGCCCCCGACUCAACUCCAAAUGCUUCACACCGGGCUACUAAAUGCCAUCCCCGAGUACGCCAGCGCGCAGCACGAUCCGCAGACGGCCUUGCUCAUCAGCGAGAUCCAAGAGGACUUCCAAAAGGGGUUCACCAAGCUGGUUGAGAUGUGCGUGUUGAAGGUGCAGAAAGUGUUGAGGCAUGGGGGGGCGAAUCUCUGAUUUUUGCCUACCUAUCACCUUACCUAAUGCUGUCUGCUCAUAUGCACUGACUGCGCAGGUUUGGAGGUACUUACAGUACGCUGAUCUGGACAUGGAUGAUGGAAGUAAUCGAGUGGCCUGUACCGC